UAUAGGUUAUAUAUAUUAUGUUUGAAGCGUCAAAGCCAUUUUCUAUAGGAAAUAAGGAGCCAUCUAGCAAUAAUAUUUUUUCAUUUGGUUCUUCUACACAAACAAAUGCACCAACAUCUCAACCAACAUUUUCUUUUAAUACUCAAUUACAACAAGAUAAAUCACAGAAUUUAUCCGCUCUAGAAACGAAGACAGCAUCAUCUAAUAGCAAUAUAAGUAUUUCAAAUGUUCCAAAUCCAUUAAGUCAAUCAUCAACGGGGUUUUCAUUUGGAAAUCCAUUUCAAAAAACAGAUACAUGUAAUAUUACAGUAAAUCCUUUACAAACAUCCAAUACACAAAAUAUAUCUCUUUCACAAUCAGAUCCAACAUUACAGUCAAGUCAAAUGAUUUCAAGUGCAACUCAUUAUACAGAGAUUCCAAAAGAUGAGAGGGAUUUUUUAGAUGAAAUGGAUAAAUAUAUUAUUACACAAAUACAAAUUUCAGAUUAUCUUCAAUCACAAGCAUCUUCUAUUGAUGAGCUUGUUAAAUCUGUACCUAAAGACGUAGAAGAAGUAACGAAGAGAUCAGAUCAAACAGCAACAGACUUAAUAUCAGAUGUAAAUCAACUUAUGUCACUUAAAAUGACAGUAGAUAACGAUUAUAACAAUGCAAAGUUGUCGAAAAAUGUAAUUGAUUCUGUACCUAUGCCAUAUAUAGAUUGCUCUCGUGUAAAAGACCCAAUACUAGCAUACUUUGAAAAUACUUCAAAUGAAAUUGAAAAAAAGAUCAAUAAUUACGCAAAAAAUAUAGAAGACCUUGAAAAACAUUUAGAAUAUCUUGAAAAAGAUCAUAGUGAGAACAAAACAAGUCCAGAAGCAUUAUUAAAUACACUCAAAGCAGAAUACGACUUCUUUCUUGCACUGAGCAAUAGUGCGGCAGAAGUGCAUGAUAAAAUUAAGCAGCUUCAAAUUCACAAUUUAGGUACAAAUCUUGUUAGCCAGUAA